AUGGCGACGACAUCCCAAAUCCGGGUGCGAGGGCGACCGGCGCAUACAUCUGGGCCUACACACUGCUCUUAUACCCCAGAUGGAACGAAAUUGGUCACAGUUGGCUCAAACAACACCGCGCGAGUGUAUCACACUGGAUCUGACGGCGAGCCCGCAAAUGUCGACGAAAUCAUGGAGAACAAUCUUGCUGUGAGCUCGACGAAUCAAUUCUUUGUUGCCGGCGCCGAAGAUGGAACUGUCAGCAAGUACAAUUUUGAUACCAUGACCUUCGAUCAUUACUUGGUCCGAUCUUCCCUUCCGGUGCGAGAUGUUUGCAUCAGUCCAGACGGCAGAUGGUGCGCUGUUGCCAGUGACGAGCUGGUCGUUAAGAUUGUGAAAACCUCUGAUAUCAACACUGUUCUAUUCUUAAGAGAGCAACUCAAACCAGUCAAACACCUAUCAUUCGACCCGAGCGGGAAACACAUUGCAUUGUCUUGUACAGAUGGAAAAGCGUACUUUUAUGCUCUUAUCAAUGAUGAGCCCGAGCUUAUUAGGACAAUUGAUGGGCUCAUCAGGACGGCAGAUACCGACAGCGAAGUCAACACCAAAAUUGUCUGGCAUCCUGACGGGAGAGCCUUCGCUGCUGCGACUGCAACAAGGGAUAUUCAGGUGAUGUCUAGAGGAGACUGGGAAAAUCAAAGAUCAUUUGCGAACGGACACACGAGUGAUAUCACAGCAUUAGCUUGGUCCCCUAAUGGAGCGUUGUUACUGUCGGCUGGCAAAGAAGGAUUGGUUUUGUGGGAUUCGGCGACACAAAAGUCAAUCGCUACGUACGACUAUCCUAACAUCAUGGACGUAUCGUGGCAUCCGCAAAAAAAUCUUGUGUCAUUUACCAACUCUGAAGGUCAGGUAUAUAUUUACAGUGACUUUGUGCCAGCCGAUUCUACCCAUUUGCUCAAACUACCUUUACAACCAGCUCCUUUUAUCCACGACCCUUUAUCAGAAGUAUCAGCAAAUGCCAGAAGGCCGGCGGCAAAUGGCACCAAGGACGUUCCUCAUCGUGGUCCCCGUCAACGCUCACCAGACAAUGUCUCGGACAUCUUGGGUUCUGACAUUAUGGGUGAUGAAGACGAUUUUGUGAUCGACGACGAUGGAGCAGGGUAUGCACUCGGACUGAAUAGCAAUGGCAAAAGGCCGCUGGGAGACUUAGGUGCAUAUUCGAAUCCUCGUACCAAACGCUCUGCGCAAGCUUGGGAACCACAAUUGCACCAACCAGUUCAAUCAGGAUCUACACCAUGGCGGGGAAAUAGAAAGUAUCUGUGUCUUAAUCUGAUAGGGUUUGUGUGGACUGUUGAUCAGGAUACACACAAUACUGUUACAGUCGAAUUUUACGACAAUGAAUUCCACCGUGACUUUCAUUUUACAGAUAACUUCCAGUACGACAAAGCCUGCCUCAACGAAUUUGGUACCUUGUUCUCUUGCAAAACAGAACCGACGACGCCAGCAACAAUCUUCUACCGCCCACACGAGACUUGGACGGCAAGAUUAGAUUGGCGUACAGAGUUACCAGCCGGCGAAGAUGUGACUGCAAUCUCACUGAGUGACUCCUUCAUCACUGUCAUGACAAGUGCAAAUUACGUCAGGGUUUAUACGUUGUUUGGAAUUCCUUAUAGAAUAUAUCGACAAAAGAGCAGUCCUACUGUAUCUUGCGCAAGUUGGCGAGACUAUGUUUUGACUCUGGGUAACGGACCGGUCGGAGCAGAUGGGUACACCAAGCUCGUUUACACUAUUCAAAAUAUCAAAAGAGACGAGAUAUGCCAAAGCGAGGACAUCGUUGCGUUACCUGAUGGUGAAACAAUCAAGAGCGUCUUUUUCUCCGACGCGGGUGAUCCUUGCAUAUACGACACAACAGGCACACUCCUAACCCUUCUCCACUGGCGCACUCCCAACCAAGCAGUCUGGGUACCCCUCCUCGACACCAAGUUGCUUUCCCGCCUCGCCUCGGGUCGCAAAACCGAAUCCUACUUCCCAGUCGCCGUCGCAGAGAACAAAUUUCAUUGUAUAAUCCUGAAAGGAGGAGACCAAUACCCCUACUUCCCCCGUCCACUCCUCUCCGAAUUCAGCUUUGAAAUCCCGGUCUGCCCGCCCGACAAAUCCGAAGACGAAGAUCCAGCUGAAGGAGAUGAAUUGAAGAAGCACGAACGCAAUUUCGUUCUCAACUCCGUUCUUCAUGCUCAACAUCAGGAUCUAAUUGAAUUCACGCAAUCCACCUCGGCGCAGCGAAGCGCGUUGCAGCGGAUGGAACUGGAGAUUGAUAAGACGUUGCUGCAAAUGAUGGCUUUGGAAUGUAGAGAAGGCGAGGAGAGAGGUAUGAGGGCACUGGAGAUGGUUAAGUUGCUAAGAGAUCGAUCAGGCAAGAUGAUUGAGGCUGCUGGGAAAGUAGCAGAUCGCUAUGGUAGGAGUGUUUUAAGCGAGAAGAUUAGGGAGGUUGGUGAAGAGGUAUUGGGUGGGAUGGAUGAGGAUUAG